UACUGGGUGGAGGUGGAGAAGUAGAGAAGAGACGACGAGGACUGGAUGACAAGGUACUGAUGAGAGUGACAAAGGCGUCUUGUCUGGCAGCAUGGAGGGAGGAAUUGUAUGUUCAGAAAGCAGAUUUAUAUCGGGUGAAUGCUUGCUGGGAUUUGGUUUUUACGCCACAAUCGCUCCAGCGCACGACUCUGUCUCCUAAGAUUUCUGGUGUCAUCAGGUUGUAGUGGUCGGGGCCGGAUACUUCGUGUUGUUAGAGGAGCAAGUGAGUCUAUUGUGGAUGACAGUGAACUGUUGUAGACAGCAGUGGUCAGGGCAGGACAGGGGAGAGAUUCUGUCACAGAGGAGGUCAGUUGCAGA